UGUACAAUAACUUCAUUCUUAUAUAAACUAUAGCAAUAUAACAUAUUUUAUGCAUAUAUUCUAAUAAUUUAUAACAUAAAAUAAUACCAGGCUUGUAUUUAAUAUAUAAAUAUUUAAUGAAAACGUUUUUAUUUUAUUAUUAAUAUAACAUCUAUUAUAUAUCUAUAAAAUACAAAAAUGCCAGUUGAAUCAAUAGAAGAUCCUUCUAUAAAAAUCAAACCAAAUAAGAAAUUAAUAGAAUUUAUUUGCAAAAAUAUAAAGAAAACAAAUAAUAUUCCACCUGCUAUUAUUGCUUUAAAAAAAUCAACUAAAGAUAAGCAGAAAGAUAUUUUAUUAAAACUGGAUGAAUUAAAAUGGUUAAAUAAAUAUUUAGAAGAAUAUAGAACCACCAACAUGGAAAGUAUUUAUUUACAUGAGCUUUUAGAAGAAGAUGAUAUCAAAUUACCAACUCCAAAAAUUAUACCAAGAAAUCCUGAGUUAGAAGCUAGAACACAAAAAUUGAAAGCACAACAGGAUGCUAUCAAAUAUAAAGCUAUGACAAAAAAUGUAGAUACAGCUACAAUGAAAUUACCAGAAGACAGUAUUUCAUAUCAAAUGAAGCAGAUAAAUAAGCAACUUAUAGCUGUUGCACAAUUUGNAUUUUCUGUGCUAGCAGGUUUUGCUUUUGGAUUUAUAGGUGUGGAAUUAAUAGUAGGAAAUUUAGAUUUUGGAUUUAGGUUGUUAUUAGGUAUAAUUUGUGCUCUGAUCAUAGCUUUGGCUGAAAUUUAUUUCUUGGCAAUUAAAUUAAAUGAGGAUGUAUAUGAUACUAUUUCAACAGGAUCAGUAUCUAAAAAAUUGCAUCAAGAAUAAAAUUUUACAAAAUUUUACAUUGUUAUUAAAAUAUAUUCUUUUAAAAUUAAUAUCUUUUUUUUAAUUUCUAAAGAAAUAAAACAUAGAAUAAAAUUAUUAUGUGCCAAUAUAAGAUGAUAUAAACAAUAGAGUGAUGCAAUUUAAAAAAUAAACAUUAAAAAAUUAAUACAUUUAUUUCAUAUUAUAUAAUAAACCAACUAAAUAAAUAAAUAAAAAGAUUAAAUAAUAUGGUGCUUCUUAAAUCAAUGCAUUUGAAAAAAUAAAUAAAUUUUUUACUUU